AUGAAGACUUCCUUCCUCUUACUCGCUUUCUUUGCUCUCUUCGCCGUAUCGGCGCUUGCGCUGGGUACCCCCUCCGAUUUCUUCUCGGGCGCCGAUGAAGCCGCCCUCCGUGCGCGCCUCACUGAACAGCUCGAGCGCCGCCAGAGCAGCGACGAGCUGAUCGAGGAGGACUACUACGCGGUUGCGACGCUGGCCUCCCUCUCCAAGACCACAUCAUUCCCCAAUUCGGCGCAGCUCUGCGGCAAGGCGUCUACGCUGCUUGCCUCGGCCUCUGCCAAGAUCGUCGACGCUCAGGCCAUUCAUCGCGCCCUUGGCGUCAUCUCGGCCCUCAAGUGCGAAUCGCAGCCCUCUCCUGCCACUCUUUCGUCCCUCGGCACCAAGCUGGUCGAAUCUGUGCUCGCCAAUGAUCAGGCUCAGCUCGCCGAUCUGCAUGCCGCCCUCGCUGCCCUCCAGCAGAUCCAGAAGACUGCCUCGCCUGCCGUCACCGUCUCGAGCGACGUCGCCUCCGAGGUGGCUGAGCGCAUCGCUGAUUUGAUGGAGCCUGAGGGCCUCUUCCGCGCUGGAUCCAACGAUGAGGAGGGUACUGCUGGCAACGCUGGCCUCGCCUACCACGCCCUCGCCCUCCUCAAGCGCGCUGCCGCCCUCAACGUCGCCCCCAAGAAGGGCGCCGAUGGCAAGUCCGGGCCGGUCGACGCCUCCAAGCAGGCCGCGCUGAAGCACAUCAAGACUGUGGCCGAAUCCAUCAGCCAGCUCCUGGCCGAUGUCGACGAGGAAGACGACAACAUCAUUGAAUUCGAAGACUCGCAGAACCCCCUGCGCGCUACCGCCCUCUUCUGGAUCGGCGCCGAGGCUCUUACCCGCAGCGGUGAGUCCGUUACCGUCACUGAGUCUCAGGUCGCUAAGCUCGCCGAGUUCUUCCUGCGCCACAAGCGCGUGAGCAACGCCGUCGACGCCUACCACCUCCUGCGGGCGCUCAAGACCGUUGCCAGCAACGUCUGGAAGAAGUCGCCCCUCGUGGUGACCCUCCCCAACAGCUCUGUCCUCGCCUCCUCCAAGGGCGAAGACUCCCUCGUCAAGUUCCGCGUGACCGACGUCUUUGGCAAGUUCGCCUCGAAGGCCAACGUCUACAUCACCAAGGUCUACCCCACCGCCAACGAGAAGCAGGUCAUCCUCCACAACCAGCAGGCCACCCCCGUCUCCACCAACGCCGACGAGACCCUCUACUCCUUCAACAUCCUCGCCGCCAAGCCCGACCAGGGUCUGUACUCGAUCGACCUGUCGGUCGCUCCCGAGAGCAAGGACGCGCCCGUCUUCGGUGCCGUCGGCGUGGUGCGGGGCGUCAAGGUGGUCGUCACCGCCGAUCUCUCCGAUGUCGCCGUCCAGGUCGUCGACGCGCUCGAGGAUGAGGACCUCGAGCAGGCCUACAAGGUCUCCUACCCCGAGAAGGUGGCCGAGGUCAUCAAGGCCAACCCGCUCCAGCACGUGCUGGUGAGCUUCCGUGGUCGUCCCCUGCCCGUCCAACAGGCCUUCGUCGUCUUCCGUCACGAGGAGUCUGGCCACGAGGUCAUCCUCCCCGCCCAGCUCACCGGCAACAAGUACAAGGUUCACCUGAACCUGCGCGAGGCCGGCCGUGCCUUCCAGGGCCGUAGCGGCAAGUACUCCGUGCACCUCCUCGUCGGUGACGCCUUCCUCCACCGCCCCUACUUCUGGCCCGUCGCCGACGUUUUCCUCAGCCUCGGUAAGCAGAGGGAAGAGCCGGCCGCCCCCUCGACCGAGGGUCUUAGGCCCGAGAUCCACCACCAGUUCAGGAAGCCCGAGAAGAGGCCUCCCCCCACCGUCUCCAUGACCUUCACCGCCCUCGUCGUUGGCGUUCCCGUCCUCGUGCUCUUCGUUGGGCUGUUCCUUGUGGGAGCCAACUUCAGCAACUUCCCUCUGUCCGGCACGGGCUUCCUCUCGGCCGUCGGCUUCCUGGGUUGCAUCUCCGCCGUGAUCGGCCUCUACGUGCUCUACUGGCUCCAGCUCACCAUGGUUGAGACCCUGGUCUACCUUGCUGGUCUUGGUUUGGUGACCAUCCUCGUUGGAUGGCAGGCGCUGCGCCACAGGCUCUACGCCAGGCUUGCGGCCUCGGCCAAGGACACCAAGAGGGACUAA